CUGGAGAAGUCGCAGUUGUGGUUUCUUGUGCAAUAAUGGCGAGUACAACGCAUACAAACGAUACAAAGGAAGAAGAAAAACUUACAAUAGCAGAGAAACUAGAAAUAAUUGAUAGAGAAAUCCGAACACUGCAUGAAUUCUGCAAAAAUAAGGGUUACAAGCAGUUUGAGAUUGAAAAAUUAGCCCAGCCAAUUUUGAAACCAGUGAGAGAAGCAAAUAGAAAGAAAUGGUUGAAUAGAUUCAAAUGGGCCGGUAUCUGUGUUCUGAUACUAGCAAUUCUGUUUUAUUUUGAUCCUGCUUACAAUACCCUGUGUAUGAUUGGCAGACUUACAAGUGUCAAGUUGAUAUUGCCAUACUGGGACUGGACAGAGGUGUAUGAUAAAAGCUGUUUGGUGUAUAAUCCCUAUUUCAUUGGAAAACAACUUGAUGAAGACGAUUGUGAGCUAUGUGAGACCACAACUUCGUUGACACGAGAAGAGAAUAUUUCGCAAGUGGAAAUGACAGAGAAUUUUCUGAAGCGUGACAUACCGCUGAUUGUUACAGACGCUAUGUCUGAUUGGCCGGCCAGAGAGAACUUCAGUUUGAAAUAUCUCCAUGAACUUCACAAGAAUGAUCCAAAACUACGAGAUGCAUCGCCAUGUGACUUUACAACAAAUCUCAAGAUUCCCAAUGGAAACCAUAGGGCAUUUCUGAAGAAAGCUGCAAGUGGGAACAUUAAUAACUACUAUGCACAUUGGUCGAACUGUGACAAACAGGCAGCUAAAGUGUUGCGACAGUUCUACAAACGGCCAUAUUUUAUCCCACCUAUGGUAGAGUUCAGAUACUCCAAUUGGCUCUUUGUGUCAAACAAGUUUACAGGAAAGAGAUUUAAGCCACUAUCAAUUGGGUCAGCAGUUGGUGUGAUGAGUGUAGUGAAAGGUCAAUUUGACAUCAAAUUAUUGCCUCGCCCACCCUGCAAUGAAACGUGCGUGGAGCUGACAGAAACUCUCACAGAAGGUGAAAUAUUGGUCUUUACUGACAACUUAUGGUAUCUCGACUACCUUCCAAAUGGGCCUGGAGAAAGCAUUGCAAUAGGAGUUGGAGGCAAUUUUGAUGAGGCAAGACAGCAUUGAACUGAUAGACAAAUGGUGCCAGGGGUGAAAGAGGGGUGUAAUUAGGCAUGAGGAAAAUAUCACUGCAGACAUUUUUCAAUUGAAAUCCUGAAAAUGAAGCCUAAUGCUAAUAUGUAUAUUGCUAUUUACUUCAUUUUUAGCUCGCCUAUUUAAAUUUGCCUCA